CCUAACGUCACGGCGCAUUCACUCACCGGCCGUCGCCGACGCCGCUGUGCCGCACACGCAACCCACACGAUACGCUGAAAGGAAAAUUCGUUUUCAACUGUUAAGAGAUCGCUAUCGAUAUCGAGUGAUCGUAUUCAUGGUGAACCGAAUAAUUAUAUUUCGCGAAAGAGUAUCGAGCAACAGUGACUAAUCGAGUGAUGUAUGUAUAUAUGUAUAUAUAUAUAUAUGUAUAUAUGUACACGCGGGUGUCCCGCGCAAAGAAGGCGAACAUCUAUACCGACGAACAUGUUUGUGCUUUUACUGAGAAGACGAUAGGUGACAGUGAGGAAUCAGCUGAUCGUUUAGGGGCGCCACGCUCUCUUAUCCUAUCUCGCGCGCGCUUUCUGUCUGUCUCCCUCUCUCUCUCUCUCUCUCUUUCCUUUCCUCUUCUAGACUCCUCAUAGGAGACUCCUCUUCCUCUGACGUACAUAUAUAUACGUAACCGCGCACAGUAGCUACUACCACGCGGUCCGCCGGCUGUGUUUGAUUUUCCCGCCAAUGAAACGUACGCACUCGAAGGUUAUACACGUACGUUUUCUCCGAUCAGUCAAUUACCAGUGUAAGUUACAUCUUCUAUCAUGCUUGGUGUUCUCUAUAAUGAAGAUCAUUCCACUUUCUUCGUACGAAAAAGGUGACAAAGUGGAGAAGAAAGACUCGCUGGAAUCGUGUCAAUUGAUGGAAUUACGAACUUCCAACCCGAUGAUCCUCGAUUUAUUGUCGGAAGAUCCAGUGUUAUGUGUGUAUCUUUUUGCUUAUUAUCAUCGUGUGAAAAUGGAUUGUGAUAUAUUACUCUUAAGGUGAAAUGUUCACGAGAAACGUGAAAAAGAGAUAAGUCGAGUGUCCGCCCUGAGCGGAAUCAGCAUUUGAGGAGAACAGCGGCGUUCAAGAUAGUGUCGAGGGGGAGGCAUUGUUCACGAUACGUGCGUGGCCGCGUGCGUGCGUGCAUGGAAGAGAGAAACGGACGAAGGACCUCGAGGUACGAAGGAGAACGAGGCGGAGCAAGGUGGCUCCGCUAACGGCACGAGCGGCGGUGAAAAAAUGUCGAGCGCCGCGGACAGUCCUGAUGGGAUGGCUUUGCAGUCGCACUAUUCCUUACGAUGGAACAAUCAUCAGACGCAUAUACUCCAGGCCUUCGAGGCGUUGCUACACGCGGAAUUACUCGUUGACGUGACCCUGGUCUGCGCCGAGACUAGUCUCAGGGCGCACAAGGUUGUUCUUAGUGCCUGCAGCCCGUUCUUCGAGAGGAUAUUUGCGGAGCACCCCUGCAAACAUCCGGUGAUCGUGCUAAAGGACUUCCCCGGCCACGAGGUAGCGGCGCUGAUCGACUUUAUGUACCGUGGCGAGGUGAGGGUCGGCCGCGAGGAGCUUCCCGGCCUGAUGANAUCUCCGCUCACACCGCAACAAAGCUCCGUGACGCCCAUAUUCCCGUUGGACGGUGUCGUGUCUCUAGGUGGUGGACUGUUCCCUCAUGUAGGUGCCCUAGACAGGGGAUCCCUUUUGGCGGAUCUCCACGAUAGUUUUAAACCGGAAGCGCUGCACGGACUUUUCGGCGCGGCCAGCCUCGGGGCUCACCACCCGGGUAAAAAGCCAAAGAAGCACAGGGGCGACGGUGACACGCCGCACAGGUGGGGCGACCACAGCAGCAGGGGCCUCCCGGUCGGGAGGCCGAAAGGACAGCACAGCGCACCUAGGGGCGGCCCGCCCAGGUCUUGGACGAACGCGGAGCUGACCGAGGCGUUGCAGCACGUUUGGAACAAGAAGAUGACCACGUCGCAGGCAAGCAGGAUAUUCGGCAUCCCGUACAACAGCUUGUUAAUGUACGUGCGGGGGAAAUAUGGGAAGAGUUUGAAACUCGAACAGCUGAGAAGGGACUGCACGGGGGCGACUACGGGCGAGGUGGUUAUGAAUUCGCUUAACAACAACGACAAGGCCGUCCAGCCGCCCGCGCAAAUCAUCCACCCCCUUGCUGGCCUGCCGCCCCAUCCGGGCGACGACGCUGGAUUCCCCCAUCACUCGUUGCUCGCGGGCAACCUGCCGCACGGUUUCUUCCCCGACUUUGCCCCCGCGGAAGCGUUGAACGAUCGUUACUCGUUUGACAAUCAUAUUCGAUAAAUCGAACCAAUC